AUGGCUAGCACUGUCGGAAAGGCGGCCAUUGCCUGGGCAGCCGGUGAGCCUCUGUCCGUCGAGGACGUCGAGGUCGCUCCCCCCAGGGCCCACGAGGUGCGCAUUCAGAUUCACCACACGGGUGUCUGCCACACCGAUGCCUACACCCUGUCCGGCAAGGACCCCGAGGGAGCCUUCCCCAUCGUCCUGGGACACGAGGGUGCCGGUAUUGUCGAGUCCGUUGGUGAGGGUGUGACCUCCGUCAAGCCGGGCGACUACGUUGUCGCUCUCUAUACCCCGGAAUGCCGUGAGUGCAAGUUCUGCAAGUCUGGCAAGACCAACCUGUGUGGUAAGAUCCGUGCUACCCAGGGCCGGGGUGUCAUGCCUGAUGGCACCUCGCGCUUCAAGGCGCGUGGCAAAGAUAUCCUGCACUUCAUGGGUACCUCCACUUUCUCCCAGUACACUGUCGUGGCCGACAUCUCAGUGGUGGCUGUGACCCCCAAGAUCUCGACCGAUCGCUCCUGCUUGCUGGGCUGUGGUAUCACCACUGGCUAUGGUGCCGCCGUAGUUACCGCCAAGGUUGAGCAAGGCUCCAACGUGGCUGUCUUCGGUGUGGGCUGCGUUGGUCUGUCUGUCAUCCAGGGUGCCGUCAAGAACAAGGCCGGCCGUAUCAUCGCCGUCGAUGUGAACGACGGAAAGGAGGCCUGGGCCCGCAAGUUCGGAGCCACCGACUUCGUCAACCCGACUAAGCUGUCCGGCAAGACCAUUCAGGAGCACCUGAUCGAGAUGACUGACGGCGGGUGUGACUAUACUUUCGACUGUACUGGCAACGUCGGUGUCAUGCGGGCAGCUCUGGAGGCCUGCCACAAGGGGUGGGGUGAGAGCAUCGUCAUCGGUGUCGCAGCGGCUGGCCAGGAGAUCUCCACUCGGCCAUUCCAAUUGGUGACUGGUCGUGUGUGGAAGGGUUGUGCCUUUGGUGGCAUCAAAGGCCGCACCCAGCUGCCCGGCCUGGUGGACGACUACCUGAACGGCGAGCUCAAGGUGGACGAGUUCAUCACCCAUCGGGAGCCCCUCACCAAUAUCAACACCGCCUUCGAGCAGAUGAAGCAGGGUGACUGCGUCCGCUGCGUUGUGGAUAUGAAAUAG